AUGGGAUGGCCAUUGAUUGGGAAUACGUGGUCUUUCAUAAGAGCUUACAAAUCCCAAAACCCAGAAUCUUUCAUUAACAAAUUGAAGAAAAGGUACGGUAAAACAGGGAUUUACAAGACCCAUUUGUUUGGGAAGGCAAGCAUCAUAGUUUGCAGUGCGGAGUUAUGUAAGAAAGUGUUGACAGAUGACAACAAUUUUCAAUGGGGUUACCCUGUUUCAAAUCUGAUUCAGGGUGAUGUGCCAUUCGAUUACUUGACUAGUCACAAGCGAUUUCACAGGCUAAUGACCACGGUUCUCAAUCAACACCAACCACCUUCAUCGCAAUUAGGGACCAUUGAGAAAAUCGUUAUCAACACACUGGAAGAAUGGAGUAAGAUGAAGGAAGCGAUCCUUUUCGUUCCUGAGGUGAAUAAGUUUGUGUUCAAACUCAUUAUAGCCAUCUUUCUUGGCUCUGGAACUGACGAUACUCAAAUUGCAUCCAUGGAGGAGUAUUAUAGAAAAGUAUACUAUGGAUUACAUACCACUCCCAUAAACAUCCCUGGUUUUGCAUAUCAUAGAGCAGUCAAGAUUCGAGGUGUAUUGGGUGAAAGGAGAAAGAGGAGAUGUAAUGACCCCAACCCAAACACAGGCAUUGUAGCGACGUAA